AGCACCCCGUCGCUUCCCUCCAUCUUAUCCUGUCUAUUCUCCCGUUUCCAGUGAUGAUGCGAGCUAAUCACCUCCGGCUUUCUGAACCCUCGCCUCUUUCCCUCUCUGUUCCCCAUCUUCCCUCCCUCUCGCGAUCCAUCCGCCUCAAGAUACGCUCCAAACAUUCGUUUCCUUCACGGCGGUCUUCUCUCGGAAAUCUCAAUCUCCGCCGUUCUAAUCUUCUCCCUUUCCAGUCGAACCCAAACUUCCAGAUUGAUGCGGAGGAUGGUUGUUAUGGUGGAUUGGAGAUUGCUGCUGAUGAGUUCUUGGAACUGGGGGAUAUGGAUUUGCCGGUGGAGCUCUCUGUGACUCGAGCUCUUCCUCCUGCUCUCACACUCAGAGAGGGUUUUGAUAAGAUGAAAGAGGCGAUCGAGACGCUCAAGGCGAAUCCACCGUGUUCGAGGAGCGGUGUUUUGAGGAUUCAGGUUACAGUGCCUCCUAGUACAAAAGCUUUAAAUUGGCUGUGUUGUCAAUGCAAGGAAUUGUUAGUGUAUCCUCAGUUUUAUUUUUCAGCAAGACAAACUCAUCAGCAAUCUCUUGAAUUGGCUUCGUUGAAUGGAAUGGUUGAAGUUUCUGGUAUCGGGACAGCAAUUUAUGUUCAUGGCUCUUCACACACCCAAAAAGGAUGUAAUUUGAUAGCAAGAUACCUUUCAGUUGAUUCGCCCCUGAUAAGAGCUUAUGGAUUCAUAGGUAUCCAUUAUAAAAAGGAAUCAUUCAUGAUGGAGGAUAGGCCUGGUUCAUUUUUCUUCUUUAUACCACAGAUAGAGCUGAAUGAAUUUGGGGGCUGCUCUUUAUUAGCAUCCACACUGAUCUGGGAUGAUUUUGUAUCAUAUACAUUUGAGAGAGCUGUUCAUACCUUUGAAUUAUAUUUCCACCAGAUUGUACAUUAUAUUCAUCCAAUUAGCACAUAUGUCAAAGACAUGUGGAUGAAUUACAUUUGUGGGCUGUCAAAGUUGAUGGAGAGCAAACAUGUUCAAAUGGUAUACCUGGAUGCCGAAAUUCUUGUUAAAAUGGAUGCUGGAGUGAAUAAUUUGCUUGAGGAAGACUCUCCAAGUUGUUGCCGUUAUUAUUUUAGACAUUCAUCCACUGUUUCUUUUGGAAGUAACAUGCUUAUGGAUUCUCGUGGAACCAGUUGCUUGAUAAAAGAGUGUGCCAAUGUCAAUUCUCUGUGGGCUUCACUUAUAAUUGAAGAAUGUGUUCGACUUGGUUUGACGUACUUCUGUAUAGCUCCAGGAUCACGAUCAUCUCCACUUGCAACUUGUGCGUGUGGCCAUUCCUCGACAACUUGCAUAUCAUGUUUUGAUGAGCGCUCCCUUGCAUUUCAUGCUGUUGGCUAUGCAAGGGGAUCUCAUAGACCUGCAGUGGUCAUAACAUCAUCAGGAACUGCUGUGUCAAAUCUUCUUCCCGCGGUUGUGGAGGCUAGUCAUGAUUGUGUACCUCUUAUGUUACUCACAGCUGAUCGCCCUCCAGAGCUGCAGGAUGCAGGAGCAAACCAAGCAAUUGAUCAGGUCAACCAUUUUGGCAAAUUUGUGAGGUCUUUCUUCAGUUUUCCUCCGCCCACUGAUCAAAUACCUGCAAGAAUGGUCCUAACAACUGUUGAUUCAGCUGCAUACAGUGCAACACAAGCACCAUAUGGCCCUGUGCAUAUUAACUGUCCCUUCAGAGAGCCAUUGGAAGACUGUCCAAAAGAAUGGAAUAUAAACUGUUUAAGAGGAUUAGAUUUGUGGUUGUCAAAUGCAGGACCUUAUACUAGAUACAUCAAAAUGCAACAUUGCUGCUCAUGCAAUGAUUAUAAUGGACAAGUUGCUGAGGUUCUGGAAGUAAUGCAGAGAGCAAAACAGGGUCUCUUAUUAAUUGGUGCUAUCCACACUGAAGAUGAAAUAUGGGCAGCUCUUCUUUUAGCUAAACAUCUUUCCUGGCCAGUUGUUACGGAUAUUUUGUCAGGACUAAGGUUGCGCAGAUUAUUUACUUCCUAUACAGAGACUGAAGACAGGUUUUAUUUUAUUGAUCAUUUGGAUAAUGCUCUACUCUCGAAUGCUGUCAAGGGCUGGGCACAACCAGAUGUGACCGUUCAGAUCGGUAGCAGGAUUACAAGCAAACGCAUUGUCCAGUUCUUGGAGUUCUGUUCUCCAUCUGCAUAUAUCUUGGUUGACAAGCAUCCAUAUCGUCAUGAUCCUUCUCAUAUUGUUACCCACAGAAUCCAGAGUACCAUAUCUGAAUUUGCAGAUAUUUUACUUAAAAUUGAUUUCAUGAAGAAGCCUAGAAAAUGGAGCAGUUUCCUGAAGACACUGGAUAUGGUGGUUGCAUGGGAAAUAGCAUUUCAAAUUCAUUCUGAAUGCUCGCUAACCGAGCCACAUGUUGCGCAUAUAAUUGGAGAAAUACUUCAAGGUGAUGUUGUCUUAUUUGUUGGGAACAGCAUGGUCAUUAGAGAUCUGGACAUGUACGGAAGGGGCUGGGUGAAAUCUGUCACAAAAAACACUCACCUGAUGUCAGAUUGGGAUCUACAAUUCCAUGGUAUACAAGUGGCUGGGAACAGAGGUGCUAGUGGUAUUGAUGGUUUGCUUAGCACAGCUAUUGGUUUUGCUGUUGGAUGCAACAAACGAGUUAUUUGUGUGAUUGGUGAUAUAUCUUUUCUUCAUGAUACAAAUGGAUUGGCAAUUCUUAAUCAAAGGACAAAGAGGAAACCUAUGACUAUUCUUGUAAUCAAUAACCAUGGUGGUGCAAUUUUCAGUCUUCUACCAAUUGCAGAUAGGGCACUGCCCAAUGUGUUAAAUCAGUACUUCUACACAGCCCAUGAUGUCUCGAUUAGUAAACUUUGUGCGGCACACAGUGUGAAACAUUUACUAGCACAGACAAAAAUGGAACUGCAUAAUGCUUUAUGGAGAUCUCAAAAUGAGCAGACGGACUGUGUAAUAGAAGUUGAGAGCAGCAUUGCAGAUAAUGCCAAUUUUCACAGCAUGAUAAGUAAGUCUGCUUAUCAAGCUGCAAACCAAGCGCUGGAUUUCCUAACAAGGUUUCCAGAUUCUGAAUAUGUAAAGAAUGACUUGUUUGUUAGCAAGAUCCAUAAAAUGGAGUUCUCAUUAUAUAGAAUCCAACUUUGUGCUCCGCUUUCUUCAAGUCCACUCAGAAACGAGAAGAAUAAGUUCUACCGUGAAGGUUUUAUCCUAAAUAUAACUCUGGAUGAUAAUAGUUCAGGGUUUGGAGAGGUUGCCCCAAUCGAAAUUCACAAGGAGGAUCUGUUAGAUGUUGAAGAGCAGCUGAGAUUUCUGGUUCAUAGAAUAGAAGGUUCUGAGAUAAGUUAUUUUCUUCCAUUGCUCAGGGGCUCCUUCUCUCAUUGGAUAUGGAGAAGCUUAGGAGUUCCACCAUCUUCUAUAUUUCCAAGUGUUAGGAAUGGCAUGGAGAUGGCUAUACUAAAUGCACUAGCAGCUAGAGCAGGAUCUAGUUUAUUGGAAUUAGUUACUGGAUGUAGAAGUUCCACACAAGAUUCUCAGUCAUUGACAGAAAUUAUGAAGGGUUCAGCAAGGAUACAGAUUAGUGCCCUUGUAGAUUGUAAUGGCACUCCUAUGCAGGUAGCUCAUGUAGUGUCUCGGCUAGUUGAUGAAGGUUUCACUACAAUCAAACUGAAGGUUGCACGUCGAGAAAAUCUUAUUGAAGAUGUGGCAGUCAUCCAAGAAAUUAGAGAAAUGGUUGGAUAUAAGAUCAACAUCCGUGUUGAUGCAAAUCGGAAGUGGACAUAUGAAGAGGCAAUCGAAUUUGGAUUUGGUGUGAAAUAUUUUGACCUACAAUACAUUGAGGAACCUGUAUGUCUUGAGGAUGAUAUUAUAAAGUUUUGUGAAGAAAGUUGUUUACCUGUAGCUUUAGAUGAGACUAUUGACGAUCUUAAAGGAGAUUUCCUCAACAAACUCCAAAACUUUGUACAUCCUGGAAUAGUAGCUAUUGUAAUUAAACCAAGUGUAGUUGGUGGAUUUGAAAAUGCGGCGCUUAUUGCAAAAUGGGCUCAGCUUCAUGACAAGAUGGCUGUUGUCAGUGCUUCCUUUGAGAGUAGUCUUAGUUUGUCAGCAUACGUGCAAUUUGCAUGCUACCUUGAGCAGCAGAAUGUAACAAUAUCCAGAUUGAGAAAGAGAAAGUUGAGUGCAGCCAUAGCUCAUGGCCUAGGAACAUAUCAAUGGCUUCAGGAAGAUGUAUCCACUAACCAUCUAGAGUUUCAUGUAGCUCCAAAUGGUGACAAAAUUGAAGCCUCUGUGAAAGAUGCAGAUACUUUCCUUCGUUAUUUUCAGAUCAAAGAUAAGACAGUUCAGAGGAUCUACACUGGUGAACAACUUAAAUCCUACAGAAUAGAAGUAAAGGGCGAUAACUUUUCCUGUUCAUUCAAAUUGCAAGAGGCGGGUGCUGACACAAGGGACUGGACUGAAUUGAUGCAGAAGCAAGCAGUUGUCUAUCUUCAUGGCUUUCUGGGUACAAGUCAAGACUGGGUUCCCAUAAUGAAGGCUAUAUCAUCCACUGCACGAUGCAUUUCUAUUGAUCUUCCCGGCCACGGGGAAUCUCAGGUGCAAUGGGAUAUGGAUAAGAGCUCGAAGCAAAAGCUGAAUAUCUCAGUUGAAGCAGUUGCAGAUAUAUUAAUGAAGUUAAUCUGUGAUAUUACCUCUGGAGGUGUCAUUCUUGUCGGAUAUUCGAUGGGUGCUAGGAUUGCACUGUACAUGGCAUUGAAAUACAAUGAAAAGAUCAAUGGAGCUGUUAUAAUAUCAGGAAGUCCAGGAUUAAGAGAUAAGGCAGCUAGAAGAAUUCGUAGUGCACAAGAUGAAGCAAGGGCUCACUUCCUAUUAGCACACGGUCUGCAAUAUUUUCUGGAUAUAUGGUAUGCUGGCAGCCUAUGGAAAAGCUUGAGAGAUCAUCCACAUUUCAAUGAAAUAGUCAGAAAUCGUGCAAAGCAUAGUGACAUCCAGGCUCUUGCAAAAGUUCUCUCAGACUUGAGCAUUGGAAAGCAAUUGUCUUUGUGGGAAGACUUGAAACACUGCCAGAAGCCUCUUCUCUUCAUUGCCGGAGACAAGGAUAUAAAGUUCAGAGACAUUUCUAAGCAAAUGUGCAGUGAAAUCAGGACAUGCUCAGAAGGUAAAGAUCACAUUGAAAGAGUACAGUUAUCUGAAAUGGUUAUAGUUCCAGACUGUGGCCAUGCUGUGCAUUGGGAGAACCCUCUCCCAGUGAUCAAUGCAGUGAGGAAGUUCAUAACAAACUUUGACAAGCUAUAAUGCACUGGUUCCAGCAUAAUUCUCAACCCAUGAUGAGCGGCUGCUUGAUUGGUUUUACUUUGACUUUGUACCAUCAACUUAUCUUUUGCAUGCUCUACUGUUAACGUCGUCAAAACCAGCAAUAUCAACAGUCAAAACAGCAGGUCCACAGGUCACCAGUGGAUGUGGUGAAAAGCUAGCAGAUUCAUUAAAUUGCUAUUUUUUGGGGGAUUGGGCCAUUGAUUGGAAAGUAACGUUGCAGCCUACAGGACUCUGUUCUCUGUGUAAAUGGUUUUCCUGCUAUGCAUCAUGGGGGAAGUGGUGUAACUUAUGAAUGUUUAGUUGCCAAAUCAGCAAUUUAUGGCCCUGAGGAACUUUAGGCACUCAACAAGCAUCCCUGAGCAUUUUUCUUGAUUGUCCAUCUCUUCAUUAGAGCUAGACCAAGGGUAGGUCGUGUUUCACCUCUGGUGUUUUUUUGUCCCUAGUACACAUUAAGCCACCCGAUAUUAUCUUCAGAGGACGUUCCAUCCAGAGGCCGGUCCGGAGCACCUCGCACCGAAUUAAUUAUGGUGGUCCUAAGAAAUUUUGAAUUUAUGCAAUCAUGAUGAUGAAAGGAAUUAUCACCGUUCCUGGGCUCUGAGGAUAGGCGAUCGAUGAACAGUUGAAUUUGGCUAUUAGAAAGGUCUAAUGAAGCAUCCAGGUAGAUCCUUCAAGGAAGCAUUUUCAUGCUCCAGCAAGCAUGGCUUACCAGGCUAUUAAUAUUUCUUUCGUGAGGUUGGUGGAAUAGGUUGGAUAAGCUGUGAAGGGAUGGAAUGACAUGUAUUUAGUCCGUUGCUGGUUAUACAUUAGAUAGUUUUUGGAUAUUUAUAGAAGAUCAAUAGAUCUAAAAAAAUACUUUCCAGUUAGCUUCUUGUUUUUUUUUUUCCCUCUUAGGAUGAGGAUAACUAUCCAAUGUAUUUAGAUAAGUCCUCUAAAUAGAUCACCGGUUAUGUUCCUCUACCAACUAUUUGUGCAAAUCAAGAUGCUUGCACUCGAUUCUUAAUUAAGAAAAUGAUUUUUUUUUUUAAUAAU